AUGUCCCGAUUCGGCGCAAAGAAAGGCAGAAAGCUCCCCGGAGCCGAAUUCACCUGGGAGGCAGAUCCCAGCGGAGAAAAUGAUACGGCGCCGACGCCUUUGUUCCCUAAAUACACGGUCCCUCGCGCCAGACCGCUCUUCUCGCAGGAACAAUUGCAGGUGGACUUCUAUCGCACUCUCCGGGAACGGUUCCACGAUGGCCCCUAUUACUCGAUUCUGGAGGGGGCGGGGUCGACGAUGAAGAAGGAUAGUGCGGCGCGGGCGAACUUCGAUCCCUUCCAUGGCAUGCCGAGUUAUUCGGGCAAGUAUCAGAAGAAGAAGAGGGCGUUGCCGAGGUUACAGGGGAGGCAGUAUGUUAUGAAGUUCUUCCCCCGCGAAUUGUGGCAGACGAUUCAGCCGACGUUCAAGCCCGAUGCCGCGAUGGAUGGGUAUGUGCCGCAGGUGGCGCGGGCUGGGGCGAAGCGGGGAUUUGAGGACGAUGAUGAAGAGGAGGAUGAGGAUGCGGCGAAGCGAGCGAAGGCUGGUGGUGAGGAGGGUGAGGGGGCUGAGGAUGAUGAUGAUGGGGAUGGGGAUAUUCUGGAUCCGGAGGAGGAGCAGGAAGGCGAGGAGGAGAUUGAAGAUGAUGACUUUGAGGAUGACGAUGAUGAGAUGGGCGGGGAUUAUAACGCUGAGCAGUACUUUGAUGGUGGUGAUGAUGAGUAUGGGGAUGAUGGGUUUGGAGAUGGUGGUGGUGGCGGCGAGGAGGAUACUUAUUAG